AAUUGAGUCAAUUGAGUCUGACUAUUGAAAUUUGAGCACUCUCUCUCGCGCGCGGCAGUGAGAAAAAAUUGCACACGUCCAGAACUUCAUCUUCACGUCCAUGAAUCCAUCGGCACGCGGCACGCGGCACACCUUCGCUCCGACUCCACCAUUAACAGAUUCUUGAAAAUUUCCACACUGUACAUACAUGAAUUGUGGGCAAUCCAAGUUCCCUCCACUCAGCAAUGUUGAUUUCCAUAAAUCGGAAAUCAGUGGUCUCACUGUCCCGUCGUGUUUUCUUCUCCACACUAAGCUCAAUGCAAGACUCAGACUUGGAAGAAAAGGGAGACUUGGAGCAAUUUUCCGGUGUAAUCCAUGAUAAAGACCUUCUCAGAAAAGCCUCAAAUGGUAAUCUCCUUGUUCUUGAUCUUAUUGAUCGAGGUGCAAUGGAACCUGACGCGAGAUUUUAUAUGGAGCUCUUCAAGAAGUGUACUGAUCAGGGCAGGCUCAAAGAGGGGCAAAUGGUUCAUAGCCAUUUUGUGAACUCGAGAUUUCAGCACUAUGUUGUUCUGCAGAACACUGUUCUGAAUAUGUACGCGAAAUGCGGCGAUAUGAAGAUGGCGCGUAAGGUGUUUGAUGGGAUGACUGAACGGGACAUGGUUUCUUAUACUAUGUUGAUCAGUGGGUAUUCGCAGAGCAAUGAGUUCAGGGAGGCGUUAGGGUUGUAUGUAGAAAUGCUUAGGACGGGCUUUCAGCCGAAUGAGUUUACUUUUGGAAGUGCUUUGAAGUCUGCUGGAGGUUUGCAGAGUGAUGCACUGGGGAGUGGGAUUCAUGGGGCUUGUCUGAAGUGUGGGUAUGAGGAGAAUGUGUAUGUUGGGAGUGCAUUGGUGGAUAUGUACACGAGAUGUAAGAAGAUGGCGAUGGCGAAGAUGAUAUUUGAUGAGUUGAAGAGUAAGAAUGAGGUUUCUUGGAAUGCUUUGGUUGCGGCAUAUGGGAGAGAUGGAGAGGGACACAAUGCAGUGAAGCUGUUCUCAGAUAUGAAACGCGGAGGUUUUGAACCGACCCAUUUCACAUAUUCUAGUAUUUUUGCAGCCUGUGCAAAUAGUGGAGCUUUGGAACAAGGGAAAUGGGUGCAUGCAGAUAUGGUGAAGUCGGGACUGAAGCUCAUUGCUUUUGUCGGUAACACUCUUCUUGAUAUGUAUGGUAAGGCAGGAAGCAUUGAGGAUGCAAAGAAGGUUUUCUAUCGAUUGGUGAAGAAAGACAUUGUUUCAUGGAACUCGAUGCUUACUGCUUAUGCACAGCAUGGACUUGGCCAGGAAGCUGUUGAUCUCUUUGAAGAAAUGCGUAGAGUCGGGUUUCAGCCAAAUGAGAUCACCUUCCUGUGUGUGCUCAAUGCUAGCAGCCAUGCUGGGCUUUUGGACAAAGGAUUAUAUUACUUUGAGCUGAUGAGGAAAUAUGAGUUAGAACCAGAUAUUACACAUUAUGUGACAAUUGUUGAUCUACUUGGUCGAGUUGGCCAACUUGAUCGUGCGCAGAGGUUCAUAAGAGAAAUGACCAUCCAACCUACAGCAGCUAUUUGGACAGCGUUGCUUGCAGCUUGUAGGAUGCAUAAGAAUAUGGAAUUGGGUGCUUAUGCUGCGGAGCGUGUUUUCGAACUUGACCCCCAUGAUUCUGGUCCCCACAUGCUACUCUGUAACAUCUAUGCUUCUGCCGGUAGAUUGAGAGAUGCUGCAAGAGUGAGAAGAAUGAUGAAUGAAAGUGGGGUUAAGAAAGAACCUGCUUGUAGUUGGGUGGAGAUUGAGAAUGCUAUUCACGUGUUUGUGGCAAAUGAUGAUACCCACCCACAAAGUGAGGAAAUUCGUAAAAUGUGGGAGAAGCUCAGAGAUGAAAUUAAGAAAAUUGGAUAUGUCCCGGAUACUAGCCACGUACUUUGGUUUCUGGACCAGCAAGAAAGAGAAGAGAGGUUGCAAUAUCACAGCGAGAAACUCGCACUUGCAUUUGCACUCCUUAAUACUCCACCUGGAACCCCCAUCACGAUAAAGAAAAACAUUAGAGUCUGUGGUGAUUGCCAUACUGCAUUUAAGUUUGUAUCUAAGUUGGUGAGUAGAGAAAUCAUCUUGAGAGACACCAACAGAUUCCAUCAUUUUCGUGGUGGUUCAUGCUCAUGCAGGGACUAUUGGUAGAGGCAGAAUAAGUUGCCAACUUCAUCUGGCUCAUGCCUCCUGCUUCUAUAUCUUGAAGAGACAGGAUCAUCAUUUUAUCUUGUGAGCACACAGCAACAGUGUGUUACAACCAACCAGUCAAAGGGUUUAGACUAUCAUUGAUAACAUCGGAUACCAACUUCACUCUACUUGCUUAUUGUUGUUAAGAAACCUUUAUGGUCGAGCAAGGUGGUAUGCGAUCAGUAGUGAAGAAGAGGUUGAGGGCUGAUGCCAAUCUUCCUUAGCAUGGCUUGUGCAAUUUAAGACCACUUGGUUUAAUCAAAAGUACAGAAACAUGCUGUUGUCAUGGGGAUGAAAGUAGGUGUUAAGGAAGUGGUUGCCCAACAGUUGAUAGAACUGAAAGUAAGUGGGCGAAUAGCUUCUUACGUGACAUUACCCAUUUGCAACUAGCAGUGUCUGGCAAUGGUAUUUGACAUAUCUAUUAGCAGAAUACCUCCCGUGGUUGCCAGUUUACAAGCUGAAUGUGUAGGGCAAUCCUUGAAAAAGAUGUCUUGGGAGUGUAGUAUGUCUACAAUAUCCCUCGCUGUUUAUUGUCUGAUAAUUGUAUGAUCGCUCCAGUUCCCGGUCCUUCUACUUUCGAGUGGUUGAGCUCUUUAUACUUUUUGCAUACACAAGCACGGGAAUUUUGGGACUGAUACAAUUCAGGUUCUUAGUACCUUGUAAAAGGCGUAGGAUGUGAUGCGAAUAACCUUCUUUUUUGAGAAUUGUGAGGGUCCUUAAGUACUGAACUAAUUUCUAGCUAUUUUGUUGUUGCCGAAGAUGUUAGAGCUAUGCAUGAUACUCAUCCGUUUCACCAUAUCACUCUUGCUUUGAGCCUCGAGGAUAGUUUGCUCAAGCAACAGCGUCAGAGAAUCAAUAUUGCUUAUGUCUAAAUUGAAAUAGGAAUUCUUGAUAAUAUAUUUGUCCCUAUCCAUUCUUUGCUGGUUUUACUAUUUUUAUUCGAACUUCCAAUUGUACCUAUUUAGGUCCCCAGUUUAUUUCUUUCUUACAUUUAUGCUAUCAGGCUCUCACUAGCAUACUGAAAGAAAAAUUAUUGAGUGAAGGCAGAAAGCAGUAUGUAAUUCCGGUGGGUGGAUCCAAUUCCUUGUGAACCUGAUAAAAUCUUGCAUUAUGUUCUAUAGGCUAUUUGUUGUUAACGUGUUAUUUAUAUUUUUUAUUUUAUUAACGGUUUAUAAAAUUGGCUUUUAUUAGCGACUUAAAAUGACAAGUGUGGUCAACUGAAGCUGUUUGGUUGUGAAAGGAGCAGUAAUUAGGCCUGCAGUUUCUGUACCGUCAUCUCUUCGCGCUUGGUCAGCAGUCACCACACAUAAGCCGAGUUCUGAUCUUUGCUAACUCUGCACAGGCCAACGGUCUUGGUUAUGCUAUGAAUACAGCAGAGGACCUUGUAUUUGUCAAGCAAAUCACUCAAUCUACUGGAGUCGUUCUUGACCCAGUCCACAGGUAUACACUUCUAUGGUUUUUGCAAAAAUGGCUCCUUGAUGCUGCAGGCUUGCUUUCCUUAUUGAUUUUCGGACAGAGAUUAGUAAAAAGAUGAAGAUGCUGUCCCUCUGAAUUUUAAAAUUCUUUAACGCCGGAAAAGCAGCUUACGGGAUGAUGAAGCACAUGGCUGAGAAUCCCGAAAAGUGGGAAGGACGAGAGGUUCUCUUCAUACACACUGGUGGACUCUUGGGCUUGUUCGACAAAACAGAAGAGAUGUCUUCAUUGGUGGGGAGCUGGCGGCUGGCGGAGAAUGGAUAUCCAGAGUCUGUACCCCGCAAAGAGGGCACUGGUAAAAUGUUCUGAACAUAUCGAGAUCAAACUUCUCCUGGCUAUUGAUUUUAUUACUCAUUCAAGAAACGAAGAAGCUCACGUCCCGAUUCUAUGAAAUCCUUUGCAUGAGGUCCAAGAAUAAAGGGAAGCCUCAGGCUUCAUGACAGUUUGUUCAACUGUAUGAAAUGUUUCCUCCCAGCAGUUUCUUGCACAUGUUGCUUUGGCAAUACCAUCAAAGUGUUCUAUCAUUCUUGUUCUGAGAAAUUAUAUUUUUGGUCUCUAUACAUAAGUACUUAUUUGCUUUUGGUUCCUAAUCUUCACACACAAUGGUAGGACAAAAUCUAAGAAUUUACAGGUAUUAGAGACCAAAACUGUGGCACUUGAACCUUAAGAACCAAAGGCGAAUA